GUCGCCAUCGACGCCAAGCAAUGUCAGCCUACACACAUGAAUGACGACGCACGACGGGACGGGACCAGGUAAUCGUCAUUUUCGCUCUAAAUUCCGAAUCUGUGAGACCUUAAACAGAACCAUGCAGCGUUACAAGCUGCAGCUGUCGCAUCUUACGAAACGGAAACUUGAAAUCGAAGCUGACAUCGCUUCGCAGAAGGCCAUCCUGGACGCAAACGGCGUCGGCAUGAACGAACCGCUGAUCGACAACGAAGGCUUUCCACGCUCGGACAUAGACGUCUAUAAAGUGCGACACGCCCGACACCGAAUCAUCUGCCUGCUCAACGAUCACAAAACCCUGAUGAAGGACAUCGAACAGGCUCUUCACGCGUUCCACGCCAACCUGCCCCGGAACGGAAACAGUCCUUCGUCGCCGGCUCACGAGGGACCCCCGAAUGAUGCAGCAGUUGACGUCGUCAUGCCCACAAGGACAUUUGCCGUCGUCAAAGACGUGGAGAUUGGCUCUCCUGCUGACAUCGCCGGGCUCCGAACGGGGGACGGACUCGUGAAGUUCGGCUCCGUCAACGCCGAUAACUUCCAGGGUGUCGACGAAAUAGCAACGGUGGUCCGGCACAGCGUGGGCAAACCAAUCAACGUCGUUGCGGUCCGCGGUGCUUCCAGCGUCCCCGUGUUUCUAACCCCGACGCAGUGGGCCGGAAAAGGACUCCUGGGUUGCUCCAUUCACCCAGCCUGACCGAUUGUCGCCCUCUGCCUGCCUGGAUUUUGUUAAAUUCAUAAUAAAGUGCUCGUAGGGAUUGUUAA